UUUUUUAAAAUAAAUAAUUAAAUAAUAGCAAAAUACUUGUUCUUGCUAAAUUUUUGUUUAACUAGAAUUUCAAAAUAAUCUACUCGUUUUAAAGUAUUUUAUUGGGUUAAUUUUCAUUUGAAUCCACGAUUGUUAUAAUACCUAGGUUGUUAUUGUUACAGUCGUGCAGUCAUGUUACGUUUUUUUUGUACUACUAAAUCAUUAAAUUCAUCAUCACUACGUUCGUUCAUUGUUAGGUAAGUAAAUUACAAAUUGAUUUAUUUGAUGAGUUAAAAUAGGUAAUUGUAAAACUUAAAAAAAUUAUUAAUGGAUCCAUCUAAUGGAUAUUAAUAAAAUGUUCUGUAUGUUUAAUACAUAUGUGGUUAUAUAAAAUCAAUAGAUUAUUAACAGUAGACAGUUCAUAAUAUAUACCAACAAACAUAACUAUAAUAUACCUAUCAUUCACCUGUUGACAGUAUUCAACCAUAUUAAAUGAUAUAAAAAUAUAACAUCUAUGUUUUUACAGUUUAAAUGAUAAAAAAAAAAAAUAAAGGUAAAAAUACAUCUGGCAUCUAAAAUUUGGUAACUAUCUACUUAUUAAUUUUAAGAACAAAAAAUUAAACAAAUUUGAUUUUAGUUUUUCUACAGCUAAUAUAAAUUAAUCAAAAUGUACUUACAUAGAUAUACUUCUAGAUGUAAAAUUACUAGUGAUUUGUUUUUAGAUUAAUUACCUGAGUAAAUUACUGAUACUUUUCGUGGUAAUUAUGCAAAAUUAAUUUAUCUAUACCGAAUUACAUAAAUAAUAUUAUUAUUAUUAAAAUAAAUUAUAGAAUUCCUACAGGUACUACAGGUACUGUCAGUGGCGAUUCGAUAGACAUAAAUUUGAACCAGGUGUGAGAAUUUUAAAGUGCCUGGGUGUUUAGAAAUAUAAUAAAAAUUAUUAUGUUUUUACUAAAUAAAAGUCAUUCAAAGAAUUAUAGACUGGAUAUUUGAUAAAUUUUACAAAUUUUUUUGAAAUUGAAUACAUUUUUAAUACAUUUUUGUAUUUCUACUAAUAAAUACUAACUAAUAUUUCUAUUGGUUUUACAAUGUGUAUUUUAUCUUUUUUGUUUGUAGGUAUCUAUUAAUUAAUUUUACUAUUGCUAUUGUUUUUUAAUCAAUAAAAUCAAUUUUAUACUAAACCUUUUUGAUGACUGUUCACUAAAAUGAUUACCUACCUAUCUAUAACACGAUUUGGUUGAGUAGGUACUUAUUAUAUUGUAGGCAUCUACUAUUAAAUAUAAUAAGUUUAAAUAUUAUAUAUUUUUAUUUCAGACAACCAACCAGAAAUUAUUCAUUUUGUAUCAAAAAGUCACCAUGGAUAAAACCAAUUUCUGUACCAUCAGCCGUCAAAAUACAAAAGUUAAGUCCAUUAUGGAUACUGGUUGGGUCUACAGGAUAUAUUGGUUGUAGAUAUUUAUUAAACGGAAGUAAUGUAGCCUUUUGCGAACAUAGAGAACUCGAACAUAGUACGUCGGACCACCUUUUUGAUUGGAAUAAGUUGUUGUCUUAUUUGUCGCCAGAUUUAAUCAACUUAUUAGCUGCCAUCGCUGUAUGUAUAAUUCAAUAAUAUAAUGUACACAAUAAUAUUAUAUUUCUCAAAAACUCAUGUUAUAUCUAUGCUAAGUAACGCAAACAAUUGUUUUUAUAAAUAUAAUUUUUUUCAGGCUGCAUUUGUUGUCGCUCUAUGUAAUUUAAACAUUCCAAUCAACCUGCAAUACGUUAUAAACACUAUACUUCAGUUUGCUCGAGAUGGCGUACCGUUCAGUUAUGAAUCGCUCACUAAACCGUUAUCUAAACUGUUGGUACUUUAUCUGGCACAGGUUAAGAUUUAAUCAAGAUUAAAUAUUAUUAUUAUGAGACUAUUAAAAGAUAUUAUUUUACUAAUGGCUUUAGUUUUUUUAGAUUCUGAGCGAAAUGAUAAGUUUACUGGUUUUACUAUGUGUACUUGUUUUUCUUUUUUGAAAUUUUGAAAUUUUUUUUCUCUGAACAUCUUUUCUACGAUAAAUCGUGCUACAAUCAAAAAUAAUAUGACACAUAUUUAGAUUUUUGAUUUUCCAAUUAGUUUUCACAUUAAUUGGAAAAUACCGUAUAGAUACCUUAAAUAAAUCAUUUUACGGCAAUAAAAGUUUCGCUUUUUUCAUUUUUAUUUGUUUACCAAAAUUUUGCUCUGAAAGAUAAUAACUAGAGGUUGGAUUUAUAUUCUCUUAAAAUUCUGAAAAAAAAAUUUAAUUUGAGUCUUCAGUUUAAAUUAAAGAAGGAUAAAUACAUAAUUCGCUUCUAAAAUAAAUUGUAUUUGUUGAUCAAUAUUAUCAAAUGCCUAUAUACGCCCAUAUAUAUAUAUUACUUUUCAACCAGAAAUCUUCCUUUGAUGUAUUAAGUGUAUUAAGUAUUAUUUUCCGAAAGGAAAUUUUUUUUUCAUUGAUAUUUUGAAGAGAUUAGUUUUUUUUUUUUUUUUUUUUUAGGGUUUUUCAAAAUAAUUUGAAAAAACCAAAAGAGAAAUAAAAUAAAACCGGACAAAUAUAUGACAUUAAUAUUUUGUUAUUUUAAAUUUUUAGAAAUUAUGUUUUUUACCAAAAAUCUUACUUUAAUCAAAAAAAAGACAAAAGACCUUAUAUGUGCUUUUUUAAUGUAAUAAAAAGGUAUAUUUAAAAGUUAUUUUCCGUGUAGUUUCUUUUAAUAGUUGAGCGAAACCGAAAAAAAACCUAAAAAGAACGAGAAAGUUUACGAAAAUAAUGGUUUUAUUAUUUUCAAUUUUGUUUUUUGUUGUAAUUAAGUUUAAAAUAUUCAUAGAAACUUGAAAUUUUGUUAGAAAAUUUGUAUUUUCCUUUUCUCAAUAUGGUCAAAUUUUCAAAACUUUUUAGAGCUAGUUAUAGAUAUUUUAUAUUUUGUAAGUUUUUACGUACAUUUUUAUUUGGUAUCUAGUAUGUGAAUAUCAUUGUUUGACCUAAUAGGAAUGCUUGUAAAUUUAACAGGAAGUUUAUAUAAAUUAAAAAAAUAGACUGUAAUGCAGUAAUUUUUUUUUAUAAUUAUUUUAAAAUCAAUUUUGAAGAAAAUUGUAAAUAUUACCACCUUACUAAACCAAACCAUGCAUAAACGAACUUCAUUCAUAAUUGGUUUUCGUUAACAAUGGUUUAUUGUUUACAGAAAAAACUAAAUACCCUACUCAUUUAUGUCCUAGCCAUUCAACUUUCCACAUACAACAGUGGUGCACCCAUUAGCAGUAUCAGCGUUUUUUUUUUUUUUAUUUGUAAAUAAUUAUCAAUUUAUAUUUUAAUAAAACAUAUUUUUCAUUUGUUUAGGGAUUAUCUACAUUCGUUUGCAUAAGCUUGUUGUCGAAAGUCGGUGAAAAUGUUGCCAUACGUAUGAGGUAUAAUUUGUUUUUGUCCAUACUGCAACAAGAAUUAGAAUUUUUUGAUAAAACUCGUACUGGAGAUAUUCUGCAAAGGUAAUGAAAACCUAUGAUAAACAAAUACCUAUCUAUCUAAUUAUUUUCUUAUAAUUUACUUAGGGUAGGACACUAUUUAAAAUGAACAAAUGAAACUGGAGAUGUAGUAUUGUUAUUGUAUUAUAAACUUGAAUUUUUCAUAGGUUAACGACGGAUGUACAAGAAUUUAAAAGUUCUUUCAAACUUGUCAUUGUACAAGGGCUUAAGAACACUACCCAAGUAAGUUUAAAAUAUCUACCUAAAUAGAUUAUGCCAGCGUAUAAAUAUUUUGUUUUUUAUAGUCUUAUUAUAAUCUGUAUAAUAAGAUUUUAUCUGGAUCUUAAUUUAUUACUAUACUGCAAUUUAGUUGAUUGGUGGCGUGUAUGCACUCUAUAACACAUCACCAGAAAUGACCGCGGCCGUAGCUAUUGUUUUACCAACAAUUAUUGUUAUAGGCACAUUUUUUGGUUCCGUUUUGAGAAAACUCAGCAAACAGGCUCAAGAACAAGUAAUUGCACACAAUCCUAUUAUAAUUAAUUAUAUUACCUAUACCUAUUAUCUAAUAAAUGUACAUUGCCUAUACAAUAUAUUAUGCACAGAUGUACCUAUACUGUACAGUGAUUAACUUUGAUUCAUCUGACAGUUUUGAAUUACUAGUAAGUUUAGAACUGGCAUCUAUAUAUUUUUUAUUAUGCACAUCUUCAGGGUACAAAAGCUACAAUAAUAGCGGAAGAAGUAGUUGGAAACAUGAGAACUGUCCGCGCGUUUUCAUCAGAAUCUGAAGAAUGCAAUCGUUUUUUGACAGAAAUAGAAAACAAUGGAACAUUACACAAGAGAUUGGGUUACGGUAUAGGAUUGUUUCAAGUAUACAUAUAAAAUAUUGUUUUAAUAUUUUACUCAUAUUGAAAAAUAAUAUGUAUUAUAUAUUUUUUUAAGGCUGGCAGCAAUAUGUUUCUCAACAGUAUUGUUUUGGGAACAAUAUUCCUCGGCGGGAAACUAAUGACGACCAGCAGUCUCGACCCCGGACAGCUCAUGUCUUUUCUCAUGGUUACCCAAAUGCUUCAACAUUCUCUGGGACAAUUCUCAUUGUUAUUCGGUCAUUAUGUCAAAGGCAUUGCUGCCGGAUCCAGAAUAUUUGAAGUAAACUAGUAGACAUUUUAAUUUAUAACUAGGUAUUUAUUAUAUUCACAAGUUUUUUUUUAAAAAAAAUUUUAAAAGUAUGUAACAACUCGUGGUAACUAAACAAAUACUUAACAGAAAUUUUAUUUUUAAAUCCUAAUUAGUGUUCAUUACCAACCCAAUGGUAUUAAAAUUGUUUAUAUUUUCAGUAUAUCAAUAAGGAACCUAAAACAUUAAUCAACGGCGGUGUUAUAAUUCCACAUCAUUCCUUUAUUCCACAAAUUGAAUUUAAAGAUAUUACAUUUUCUUAUCCGACCAGACCAGAACAAGUGAAUAUAUAUAAUAAAGAUAACUAGAAAUUGAAUACCUACUUACAUAAUGUAGAUUGAUAUUUUAUAGUGUUAUUUAAAAUAAAACAAAUUGUUUCAGAUUAUAUUAAAAAAUUUCAAUCUAACUCUCCCUCCUGGUAAAGUUGUCGCUGUUGUCGGGUCUUCUGGUAAUGGUAAAUCUACUAUUGCUGCGCUUCUAAUGAGGUACUUAUUUUAACAUUUUAUUUGAAUUUUUAUUUUUAUUUUAAAUAGGUUCAAAUUAAUUCCAAAUGUUUUUAUAGAUUUUAUGAUGUUAAUUCUGGAAGUAUAAUAAUUGGCGGUGAAGACAUAAAAAAUCUCGAUCAGACUUGGUUACGCAAGCAAGUAAUUGGUUUAAUCAAUCAAGAACCAAUACUGUUUGCCAUGUCUAUCUUAGAGAAUAUACGUUAUGGAAAGCCAGAAGCAACAGACGCUGAAGUACAAAAAAGACAUAAAUUAUAAUCUAAAGUUUCUAGUGUAUCUUUAAACUUAUAUAAUUUUGUGAUUUGAAAAUUGUAGGUAAUCAAAGCUGCAAAAAUAGCUAAUGCUGAUUCGUUCAUCACUUCUUUUCCUAAGGGUUACAACACAAUAGUUGGAGAGCGUGGUGUAACGGUUUCAGGUGGUCAAAAACAAAGAAUAGCUAUUGCAAGAGCCAUUUUAAAGAACCCAUCAAUACUUAUAUUAGAUGAAGCAACAAGGUGUGAAUCUAAAUAAAUAACAAUACAUUAUAUUAAAUCUGUACUAAUUCAUAUAAAAUGUGUUUUAUUACUUUUAUGUAUGUUUUUAGUGCACUUGAUACAGAAUCAGAGAUGCACGUACAAUCAGCAUUAGAAUCUGUGUCGAAUGGAAAAACAGUUUUAGUUAUUGCCCAUAGAUUAAGCACUGUAAAGAAUGCAGAUGUAAUCGUAGUUUUAAAUAAAGGAGAAAUUGUCGAAGUAUGUGAUUUUGGAAAAUUUGUUUGUUUGAUAAAUAAUUAAUUUUAUAAAAAUUGGGUCUGUUCCUUAAGUCAUGGUUAAAUAAUUUGUAUUAUGUUUAUUUAUUUAAUUUUAAUUUUAAAACCAGAAUACAAAUAUAAUUUCAUAUUGUAAAAACAGUUAAUUACCAUUGGCUACUCAUCACUAGGUACAUAAUAUGGAAAUAAUGAUGAACAAAUUUGUUACCUACUGAAAUAUCAAUAAUAAUAAAUAGAUGAAAUGUUAAAAAAUAUUCCAGAUAGCAUAUUGAAAUCAUUUUUAAUUUAAAAACAAAAAUCAAAUACAUUAUCCAUUAUAUUAUAAUAAAUUCAUACCUCAUCAGAAUUAACAAAUAAUAUAAAAUUUAUAUUUUAGGUUGGGAAUCAUGAUACUUUGUUAUCAAAGAAAGGAUUCUAUUGGAAUCUAAUGAAUCAACAGACAUCAGACAAAGCAAAAGCUGCAUAAGUUAUAUGUUGAUUAGAAUUUUGAUUGUAAAAGAAAUGUUACUGUUAAAAUAAACAUAUUUUGUUAUUGGUUUAAAUUAUAUUUUACUAAUUUUCUUAUUUAUUAAACAACAAUACAAAUACAAAAUAAUGGUUUUUAAUUUAAUUUGUAUAUUCUUAUUGAUAUAAGUAUACUAUAUGCAUAAAAAUGUAUUUAUUUAAUAAAAACAAAUUAUAAAAAUGUUGAUUUAAGUUGAUUGAUUCUUUAAUAAUUCUAUUCACCUGAACUUUUGUUUAAAAAUUUGUUUUUUGCAUUUAUUUUGUUAAAAUAAUAAAACAAACUUAACAUUGUAUAAAAUAUAAAUUUGACAUAUAUACAGCUUGUGUAAAACAAAAAAAAUGUUUUCAAUGAUGUUAAUUGACGGAAUUUGAUUAAAAAUAUCCAAAAAUAAACUAAAAAAGGAAAAUAUAACCUAAAAAGGCAAAAAGAUUACCUAAAAAAUUAAAAACUUAAAAGAAUGCAAAGUUUCAUGAUUUAAGUUAUGCACUUACAAAGCUACUUUUACUCAAUCACCAAAAAAACAAAUGCACUUUACUACAAAUUCACUGCCCUAGCUAUUAGAAAAUUAAUUUAGAUAUUAGAGUAAUAUUGAUCAAGUUACAAAAAAAAAACUAUUCAAUAUUGUCAAUAAACAAUGCAAUUAAGUUUAAUAAUAUCACUUCAAUUGCAUUUUUAUAUACUUUAACUAUAAUAUAAAAAAAAAAAUUAUAAAAUAUUAUAUUUUUAAUUUUUUAACUUAAGAUUAAUGAAAUCUGUUUCCACAAUGAAACGUGAACAUAUUUUAAAAAAUCAGUGAAAAUAAAAAUUAUCAUUACAACAAUAAAAUAUAAAUUAUUUUAUAAUAAUGAGAAUUUCACUCAAUACUGAUCAUAUUAACGAUAUAUAUUAUAAAUUAUAGACAGUGUAAAAAUAAAAUAUAUAUUAUGUUAUGCAAAGUUAAUAAGUGUUUUGAACUAUAUUAUAAUGGGCCCUUUUUAGAAUUUUAGAAACUUAAAAAAAGUCACUUAAGGAACAUUGUUGAUAUAAUAAAAAUCUUACAAUAACUUAAAAAUAUUUAAAUUUUGUUAAUUUUAUAAGUUAAAUACAUAUUUUUGGUUCAAUUUAUUGGAGUUAGAGGAACUAUAAAAAUAUAUUUUAAUUUAAGAUAAAAAAAAAAAAUUAUAUAUAUAUAAUAAUAAUAAUAAUAAUAAUUUUUUUUCACAUUCGGACUAGAAAAUCUCAAAUGUCAUUUUGUUUCUUUACAAAAAAAUAAAAACUUAAAUAUUUAACAAUUUCAACAAUUAUUAGAAAAAAAAAAUAGUAAAUAUUAAAUACUGUUAAUAAAAUAGCCAAUUUUAAUUUUGAAAUGUUAUCCUUUGGCAUUGGCAGCUACAGGUCUGGACCUUUGUACCAGCCUUUUGCGUAAGGAUUCGGUGGGUGCGUGCUGAGUUGGCCUCAAUAAUUGUCUGAAAUCGAAUCCUUCCGGUAGUCUGUUAAUAUCGGGAGGCGUUAAUCUGUACGCAAUAAAUAUUGUUAUUAAUUUUACUGAGUGGAUGCAUCUAGUGAGAGUAAUUAUUUUCUUGUCAAUAUACUGACCUCAAUGGGGAAACCCAAUUAGAUUUAUUUAUUGGUUGGGUGUUGUUUGGUUUUUCAGUUAUCGUAUUUAAUCU